AACUGGGCGUCAAAAUGGCGGCCGAGGAGAUCUCUGGUCAAUGUAACAUCACGUCAAUGUAACAAAGUUUCCAUGAUGUCAACAACAAAAGUAGUUCGGUUGGAGGAGGUGAGCUACGCGGAGGGCAGCUUCUCCUCCCCAAGCAAGGCAGGAAUUCUGAAGAAUGAGGAAUCUCCUUCAGAUGGCCUGCUUGACAAAGAUGUUGAUGGCAGUCAAGAAAAGGAGGAGACAGAAGAAGCUAAAGAUAAAGUGUAUCCUCUUCCUUCCAACUGGCCGAAGAUACCUCAGCUUGCCCGACGUCGUAGUUGCGAGCUGACAAGGUCAACAGAGCCAUGUGUGAAGAAGGCGGUGUCUCACCUAGAGCUGGUACAGAACAUUAUCGAUGAGUGGUUCAAGAAGGCAGAGGAGGAUGUGAAGAGCAGGACGUCCAGUCGAAGAGAGUCCAUAGUGUCCCUCCCAGAAACCAGAAAACAACUGCGGUUUGUGGACGAUCAGGCAGCGACAGCAAGUUCGUCAGGACACCGGUCACGCACAGUCAGUGAAGCGUCUCAGGCUUCCUCCCAACUGUCUGUCCCAGAGAACCUGUCGGUCAAGGGGGUCGGGGCAAAGGCUGAACAAGAGGCUUGUGAGGUCGAGAACCAAGGUCUGGACAUUCCUUACCUUGGGGCUGAGGACGUGAUUGACGAGGUCAUCACUCUGCUGGCCAGGCUGGAGAAUGACCGGCAUGAGACUGAGGGGAAGCUGGGGCAGGAGAGGGGGAAGGUCAGUAAACUGACCACCAAGAUUGAUGACCUGUGUCUCCGGAGGCUGAGGGAUCUGCCUGUGCUUGUUCAAAGAGAGCAUGAAGCAUGUAUACUCGACCUCAAUGAGCUGCAGUGGCAUGUUGCGUACCGAGGUCGCAAUGAGGCACGCAUACAGAACAGGAGAGAAAUUGCAGAUGUUCUCAAUAACAGACUCAAGGAGGACAUCGCUUUUGUAGAGAGGCAUAUACCCCUGGUGCAGGAGAAGCUCCUUCUGGAGAUGGAAGCCAUGGACAAAAUCAAGAAGGCUCAGGCCGAGACUGACCAGGAGCUGGAGAUGACCAAGCAGCGACAGGCCAAGACUGAGCAAAAGUCCGAGGAGGCGGUCAACAAGGCGGAGAAUGAACGUGGACACAUCAAGCGAGAGCUGGACACUGUCCGAGACAAUCUUAGUCAGAUAAGUGAGGAUCUGUCGGAGGCGAAGAUGACGUACAAUGCAUACGUCCACCAGCUGAACGACAUCCGGCAGCAGCUGAAGGACAAUGACCAGGAGAUGAAGAUCCUGGAGGUGAAGAACGAGAAUGCCAAGGUGGCAGAGGAGAUGCAGGCAACCAAGGUCCGAGAUUUCCAAACAAGAAUCGCAGAGACGGAGUUCGAACACCGCAAGUUGAAGGCAGACAAUCAACAGCUGGAGCAGAAACUAAGGACAAUGAAAGCCCAGAACACUCACAAGCGAGACGAGCUGAAGCACAAGCUCAAGCAGCUGGAGGGGAAGCUGAGGACGCUGCUGAGGGACACGAAGGAGGCCAAGAUGGACAAGGAGGACUGUGAGGACAAGCUGGUCAAGUGUGACAACAAGAAGGUGUAUGAUGAGAAAAACAUGGUGCGCAUCAAUAAGGAGAUGCGACGUACGGACACCUUGUUCAAUACAACUAUGGAGGAAUACUCUAAGGUUGGCGCCAUGAACCAACACAUAAGGGAACAACUUCGAACUGAAGAGGACAAGGCUUUCAAAACGGAGGAAAUGAUCAAAAACCAGUGUGAGACGCUGAAGAAGCAGGUGAAGGAUGAAGUGCACUCUCGCACCGUACUGCAGGCGCGCAUCAACUCCGACUCCUCCGAGAUUGACAGGACCCGCCAAGACUCAGCCAAGAAGCAAAACAAGGCCCAGAAGGUAGCGGACGAGGUUGGGUCAGCAGUCAACAAUGUCCUGGAGAAGGUGCAGAAGCUGAGGAACACCAAGGAUGAGAAGGUCAAGCUGAAGUCAGAUCUGGACACCAAGAUUGGCAGCAUCCAGAAGCAGCACAGGGAGAGUCAGACCACCUUCCUGGAGAGAAUCGGCCACCUGGAGCCGCGCCACAAACUACUCAAGGACGAGGUGUUGAAGCUGGACAAGCACCUUGACCACAUUCAGUGGAAGUCAGACAUGAUGAACAAGAAGAUCGAGGACAUGGAUGCCUCGGAGAUCAUGAUGAAGAAGAUCAUCAACAAAACAGAAAAGAUCAUUGAUAAACUCACAGAUGAACUAGAUGAACUCCAAAUUCAGCUGGCUGCUGCCAAGAAGAUAGAAGAUGACCUUCGCAAGGCCUACAACGAGGUCCUGGAGCGUAUCCGUGAGAACAAAAGUAAACAUGAACACCUGUUGGAGAACAGACAGGUAGUUCAUAAACAGCACGAGUCUGAGAAGAGGCGUUGCUUGUACCGGAACAAGGACUUUGCUUCCCAGUACCGACAGCUGCAGAACGACUUCAUCAUCAUGAAGGAGAAGCUUCUACGAGGGUACGAGGACCGGGUCAAGUUAGAGAGUGCCAUCACAGACACUAAGCAGUUACAGUCUUUACAGAAGAAGCUCCACGGUGCCCUCACAGAGUACUUUAAACUCAGUGGACUUUACAACGAGUCUGAGCUCUGCAAGUUGGAACGAGAGUCCAGUCAGAACGGUGUCCGAGUGUCCCAACUCCAGGACAAGAUGGAUGAAGCACUGGUCAGUAUCACCCACUUCCUCCAGACACAGAUGGAUGGCCAGACAGCCCGGAAGAUGGCCUGGAACACUGUCCGGAUGCAGGACGAGGCCCGGGCACAGGGCCUGAAGACACCACUGCCAGACUAUGCCAGCAGACAAAGCACCGUAGUGUCUGCAUGAUACUGAAUACUGUUAUGAUAAUGUACCCAUGUGAUGGCUUAAGUACUGUUAUUUUGAAAUUCCUUGACUUUGUUUGAUAUUUACCAACAACCCAUUCAGAAACCAAUCAUAAUGUUGAGUUCUUAUUUACUCAAUAUCCAAAGACUGCAUUCAAAAGAAGAAAUAACCUUUUUUUUAAUUGAGGUGUCCUCAAGAUAGCAAUUUGGAAUAGAUGUCUAUUGUUUCUAAAUAAAUUCAAUCAUUUCAUAUCUAUUGAGAAUAGCAUCUUCAAUUCGUCAGGCAAAAAAGCAAUAAGUUGCAUAUUGUUUCAUUAUCAAUAGGUUUUUUUAUGUUGCAUGAAUUGUUGUGAUCUCAAAGAAGGGACCUACAUGAUAAGUAAUGCUUGAAUUGCAUUUGAUAUUAUGCCAGUUUGAAAACCAUAUUUGGUACUGAGUAAAUGUAUGUUUAGAUGUAGUGAUCACUUUGUUGUGUCCAAAGAAAAGACUGUUAUUGAAGAGGUUGAUGUUAGUCGACAUGGCCUUCUAUCAAAGUUAUGUUUUCUAUGCCAAAAAGUGGAGUGGAAGUCAUAUUUUGUGCUGAUAAUAACUAUCUGUGAUACAGUUUGCUAUGACUCGAUGUCAUUUGUUAUGGUCUAUCUUUACAGUGUUUUCCGUCCAAGGUUUAAGUGCCUUUACAUCUUUUUGACUUUUAGUUAAACUGUGUUUCCUCAUUCCAGAUAUACUGGUAACGCUAACUUAGCCAAACAUUCGGAUUAUACCUUAUACCUUCAGGUUUCCAUAGAAACUGUCAAAAAACCUUGUUACACUGACCAAUCAUAUCGCUGUGAUUAACAUACAGUAUUGUACUAUUGUACUAUUACAGGACUGGUGAAGUGAUAUGAUUGUCUGAUGCUGCUUGGGUCUGAAGUAUUAAUAUUAUGAUUGCCUAUUUAUUGAUAUAAUGUUGUCAUUGUACAAUUAAAUUUUAACUCUACUA